GCGCACGCAGUCGCGGCUCCUUCCCCCCGCCCUUUCUCUUCCCGGUUUUCCUCUCAGCUGCGGGGCUCGGCUAGUGGCAGCUUCCGGUAGGAGCGCCGUGAAGCGCGACCCCGGUCCCUGCUCCUUGUCAUGUCCUACGGUCCCUUAGACAUGUAUCGGAAUCCCGGGCCCUCGGGGCCCCAGCCCCGGGACUUCAACAGCAUCAUCCAGACGUGCAGUGGCAACAUCCAGCGGAUCAGUCAAGCCACUGCUCAGAUAAAGAAUUUGAUGAGCCAACUUGGAACUAAGCAGGACUCAAGCAAGCUCCAGGAAAAUUUGCAACAGUUACAGCACUCCACAAAUCAGCUGGCCAAGGAAACAAAUGAGUUGCUGAAGGAAUUAGGGUCCUUGCCCCUACCCUUGUCUGCAUCAGAGCAGCGCCAGCAGAGGCUCCAGAAGGAGCGCCUCAUGAACGACUUCUCGUCGGCCUUGAACAAUUUCCAGGCUGUGCAGAGAAAGGUGUCUGAGAAGGAAAAAGAAAGUAUCGCCAGAGCAAGAGCUGGAUCUCGUCUUUCUGCAGAAGACAGGCAAAGAGAAGAGCAGCUCGUCUCAUUUGACAGCCAUGAGGAGUGGAACCAGAUGCAGAGCCAGGAGGAGGAGGCAGCCAUCACUGAGCAAGACCUGGAACUUAUUAAAGAGAGGGAAACGGCGAUUCGGCAGCUGGAGGCUGACAUUUUAGAUGUCAAUCAGAUAUUUAAAGAUUUAGCCAUGAUGAUCCAUGACCAAGGUGACCUGAUAGAUAGCAUAGAAGCCAAUGUGGAAAGCUCAGAGGUCCAUGUGGAAAGAGCCACUGAUCAGCUGCAAAGAGCUGCUUACUAUCAGAAAAAAUCUCGCAAGAAGAUGUGUAUCCUGGUGCUUGUCCUGUCAGUGAUUCUUACAGUCUUGGGAGUGGUUAUCUGGUUUGCUUCUAAAUGAGCUGUGGUUGCCUCAGAGCCUUCUCCUGAUGAGUUGUUACCAAGGGCAAGUGCUCCAUGGAGUCUUGCCAGAACAAACUGACCACAGAAGAGAGCGUGUACCAGAGUGUCCUGUGAUAAUUUAGCUAGAAACUAACUACUAACUAGUCCUUGGAAUUAGUGACCCAUGGAGACAGUAUUUAUCAUUUAUGCAUAUACUCUAUUGAUUUCUCAGAUAAGGAAUUAACUUAUGUGUGUUUUCCUUUCUCUUGUAUUUUGGAUAUUCUUUUUGACAGGUGACACUACAGUCUCAUAAUAUUGGUUUUUUUUUGUUUUUGUUUUUUUUUUUUGUAUAUACACAAACUUUACCUUUUUAUGAGCAUCUGAGAUAAAUUUCCUUCAGGAGCCAGCCUAUUCAAGUCUGAGAAACUGUACAAUAUGCCAGCAGUUUUUAUUUAACAUUUUGAUAUGAGUUUCCAAGGGGUCUGCUCUCUGUUUUGCAAGAUUUUGGCACUAUAUGUAACUGGGGACUAACUGCACCUGUGACUUCAGGGGAAAUGAGAAGAACCUGUCUGUCAGAGUGGCCCUUUGCCAGGGAGUGUAUGAAAGGCUGGGUUUAAGUUCAAUUGAUGUUAUUGUCUCCUGGUGUCAUUUACAGACUCCAUCCCUGCACACUAAGUCAUCCCACUCCUGUUUUAAAGAGGUUCGUUUCAUUAACAUUGUUAUAAUCAGAUGGGUCCCUCUUCAACCUGUCUGCAUAGAAAGGGAGAAUUAGGCACAGCAUGAUCUUGGAAAGCAAAUAGGGAUUGUUUGGAAUGAUUCUAUCUUGUUCACUUGUGGCUUACAUUCCUGGUGAAUGAUAAAUGUUGCUGUCAAAGACUGUUCCUGAGCCUUAUAAGGGUUGCCUGGCUUUGAUAGCAAGAUUCUAAAGUUUAGACUGAAGUGGGGUUUAAAACUUAGGUCUGUGACCCUAUUGAUAAAGCAAAGAAAAGGUUCAUUUUUGUAAAUAAUACUGGUUUAGUGAUGUUAGACUUAGCCUAAUUUAUGAACAAGAGAUCAAACUCGGCGUAGUUUUAGACAAAAACAGUUUUAAUAAAAGGUUGCUGUCUUGUAAUAUAAAUGUUGUCCACUGCCCUUUUUCACAGGCCUAGAAACAGGUAGAGAGAGUGUAAUUGGUUUAGGCUUUCAGAUAAAUGUGAAUCGAGUCCGAAAAUGUCAGCCGUCCUUCACUGAAUUGGAGGAUUUGGCUACUGUUGGCGUAUUUAUGUUUAUUUCUUCUAUUCCUCUUAAUGUUACUUAAUCUUCUUCUACACUAAUGUGAUCAGUAGGGAAAUAAGGGCCCAAAUGCAUAAGUUUCUUUGCACUUUUGCACCAUCCCGCCUACUUAAUACAAAUAAACAUUUAAAAGCUUUUGUAGUUACUUUUAUGUGUUAACAUCCUAAUGAUGUAGGUGUUAGGUAAUGUGCUGCUAUGAGAAAACAGACCAGCAAGAAGACUGGAGAACAGGUAAGGCUUGGCUUGCGAGUGGAAUAGGCAUUGCUGCCUUUCUUCGAAAAACAGGACAGAGAGCAAACUGUGGUUUGCACAUACUUCUAAUCCUAGUACCUGAAGAGACAAGACAGGAAGGUUGUGAGUUCAAGGCCAGGCUGGAUACAUAAAAGGUUUGAGAUCAGGCUUUGUGUUUAAGAAAGAGAAGGAGAGGAAGAAGACAGCUGUCUGCAUGACACAGUGGGCCACGUGGCAGCCUCAGAGGAGUCCCUGUUCUCAAGUUGUAGCUGGACUUGGAUAGGUCAUUUGUGAUAGUCCAAGAAGUAAAAAAGUGAUGUGUUGUGGCAAACUAUUGAGAACAACAGAGUGGCUGUAAUCCGUAACACUGUGUCAUUGAUUGAGUGGUGUUAUCAUGAUGGCUGUGGGAAACAGACAGGAACUUGGUAUAGAGUUUGUAGCAGUUGUCCAGAAACUCUAAUAAACCUAUUCCCAGAA